GAUACAUUUCUGAUGCAUGUGGAAGCUAGUUAUGACAGGUUUUACAAGGGCACUGUUCCUGUACAGAUUGGAACAAUUUUGGGUAGUGGUACCUGUUUUGAUGUCUUUGAAGGUGUUAUCAACAAACAUAAGUAUGUAAUUAAGGUCGAAAAAUUAGCUGUAGCAGCAGAUCGUGAAAGUAACAUUCUCAGCAAAAUCUCUGGUACUGAUCAGAAUUUUCCAAAAAUCGCGGCUGUUGGAGUUGAUGUAGAGGGUGGGAAAAGAAUCUUAGUGGAAGAACCAUUGGGGAAAUCAUUGUGUACUCUAUCUUUACCAGUAGCUCCAACAAUG